CGGCUUCCCAUUGUAGUCCUCAAACCACUAAGAGUAUGGAGGCUCCGUGCUCGCCCCCGACGGCGGGGAAGUUCGUGGUGGUCGGCGGUGGCAUCGCGGGUGUCACCUGUGCGGAGCAGUGAUUUUUGAUGUUACUGUUGCAAAAAAGACUGCAAAAAGAUUAACACUCACUGAAGGCUCAGCUGAUGAUUAGCAUUUUUAUCAGUAAAGUAUUUUUUAAUUAAGGUAUGUACAUUUUUUACAACACUUUCAGAACACAUUUUUAUGCACACUUAGUAUUGACAACAGUGUGUAGUAUAAGCAUAACUUUUAUAUGCACUAGGAAACCAAAAUUCUCAUGUGAUUCGCUUUAUUGCAGUCUUCACUUCAUUGCAGUGGUCAGGACCCGAGCCCAUAGUAUCUGUUAUGCCUGUAUAGAGGAAUGAGUAAGAGUUUACCAGGUAGACAAGAAAAGACAGAUAUUUCAGAGAGAGGUAGCAGUGUAAUCUCAGGUGAAAAAGCAUAGAACCUUCUGGAAGCAGCAAAACUUAAAGUAUAUGGUGCUUGGGGAAGAUGACCAGAGAUGAAGCAAGGAAGACUGGCAGGGACCUGAUCAUAAAGGAUCUUUUAAGUCAUGCUAAGAAUUUAACAAAAACUUACAAGUAGUCAAAUGAUUGUGACCAAUGGAGUAAUAUGAUCAAAUGAAAAAAUUUUGAAAGAUUAUUAAUUAUAGUGUGUUUGGAGCAGAGGAAUCUGGUCAAUACGAGACUGGAAGGCCAACUCAGAGGUGAUAGUAGUAGUAUGAUAAUGGAAGCAGAAAGUGAGGAAAUAAAUUACAGAAUAUACAUAGGAAAGGAGAGAUUGAUAAUGUCAGAUAUAAAAAAAUUUAAGUAAGGUUGUACAAAAAAGAAUAGUGGAUGUGUAGGUGAAUUGAACAUGCUCAGUUGGGUUUUUUUGUUUUUUUUUUUUUUUAAGGUUUUUACAAUAACAUUUAUUUCUUAAAAGUUAACAUGCAUAACAGGAAACCAAAAAGCACAAGCAAAAAAACAAAGUCUUUCCUAAUCACAAGCAGAGACAGAUCAAGAUAGAUGGAGUUACAGAGCUGCAGGGGUUAAGAAAAUCCUUUCAGGAAAUUUAAAGUGAGCAAGAAAGAGGUUGUAGCUAAGGAAGAUGAUGAAACGUUGGCAGAUUAAACCUCCGGAUUUGAAAAGACUCUCAGAGUCUAGACUGGUUGGGCAUUUGGAAGAGUAGGCAUGCCAAAGCACUUGGGUAAGUUGCUUAAGUUUUAAGUGUUUUAUUGGAAGUUUGCUGUGAUUUCAUUCAGCUUAAGUUAUUAAAUGAAGUUAUUUUGCAAUGAAGAGAAGUUGGUUUAACUGUUAAUUAGGAAGGUGGUUCCUUCUCAUCCUUUUCAUGGUAAUUGUUAAGAGUGUGGUGUAAAUGUAUGUUUCAUUUUAAUCAAUAUCAGAGUUGAACGCUUCUCACCAUUACCCCAUAAAUAUAGCCAAGACCCAGGAUAAUGGAGACCUUUAAAGGGAGAACAUUGGCAAUUAAUUUUCCAUCAGAAGAUAUUCUCCUGAUAACAGCUUCUCCUGUUAUUAAAGCAGUUACAAAUUUCAAGCAGGUUUCUAAAGUAUUGGAAGAAUUUGAUGUUGAAGAACAACCAAGUACCAUGUUAGAAAAUCGCUUUCCCAACAUUAAGGUUAUAGAAUCUGGAGUAAAGCAACUAAAGAGCAAAGAGCAUUGCAUUUUAACUGAAGACGGCCAUCAGCAUGUUUAUAAGAAGCUCUGUCUGUGUGCUGGGGCAAAACCAAAAUUGAUAUGUGAAGGAAACCCUUACGUGUUAGGAAUCCGGGAUACAGACAGUGCGCAGGAAUUUCAGAAACAGCUUACUAAAGCUAAGAGAAUAAUGAUCAUAGGGAAUGGUGGUAUCGCACUCGAAUUAGUGUAUGAAAUUGAAGGCUGUGAAGUAAUUUGGGUAAUUAAAGAUAAGGCAAUUGGGAAUACUUUCUUCGAUGCAGGAGCAGCUGAAUUCUUGACUUCAAAGCUCAUUGAUGAAAAACCAGAGGCUAAAAUUGCACAAAAAAGAACCAGAUAUACAACUGAAGGACGGAAAAAGGAAGCACAAGCCAGAGCUAAUGCUGGUAACGUAGGCAGUGCCUUGGGACCUGACUGGCACGAAGGGCUGGAUCUUAAAGGAACAAAAGAGUUUUCUCAUAAAAUUCACAUUGAAACCAUGUGUGAAGUAAAGAAAAUUUACCUUCAGGAAGAAUUUAGAAUUUCUGAGAAAAAGUCCUUGACUUUUCCAAGAGACCAUCAUGAUCAGUCAGUUACUACUGAUAAAGAGAUAUGGCCUGUAUAUGUGGAAUUGACCAAUGAAAAGAUAUAUGGCUGCGAUUUCAUUGUCAGUGCUACAGGAGUUACACCAAAUACAGAACCUUUUCUCUGUGGCAACAAUUUUGAUGUAGGAGAAGACGGUGGCCUGAAGGUGGAUGACCACAUGCACACGUCCCUCCCUGACAUCUACGCCGCAGGUGAUAUUUGCACGGCCUCCUGGCAUCCCAGCCCUGUCUGGCAGCAGAUGAGGCUGUGGACCCAGGCUAGACAGAUGGGAUGGUAUGCAGCAAAGUGCAUGGCCGCAGCUAGUGUAGGAGAGUCCAUUGACAUGGAUUUCAGCUUUGAACUUUUCGCUCAUGUAACAAAAUUUUUUAACUAUAAGGUUGUAUUACUGGGGAAAUACAAUGCACAGGGCUUGGGUUCAAACCAUGAACUACUGCUGAGGUGUACCAAAGGGCAGGAGUACAUCAAAGCCGUCCUGCAGAACGGGCGAAUGAUGGGCGCUGUCUUAAUUGGUGACACUGACUUAGAAGAAACAUUUGAAAAUUUAAUUUUAAACCAGAUGAACCUUUCAGCAUAUGGAGAAGAUCUGCUGGAUCCAAAUAUUGAUAUAGAAGAUUAUUUUGACUAAAAAGGGCAUUUCAAGAGCUAUAUCAGGUUCCAAAUAAGAUUUUAAAAGUCAGAGGAUUACACAGAUUUAUGAUGACCAGCUGAAGUUAAAAUAAUUUAUUUAUAGAGUUUUUUUUUUCUAACACAAAAUUGACCGCUAAUUAUGUAAAGAUAAGUCUGAAGUAUUCAUUUCUGUGUUUUCAACUCAGAGACAUUCAUUUGUGAUUUAGCUUUGAAACAAAUUAGCUUGUUAUCUACUUAACCAACAGUGUGGUGUCUAGUUAACAUACCAGAGCCAUUCUUUGACCGUGAAAUGUCAAAGGCAGGCUGUGGUUUCAAGAAGCUUACCGCUGUAGCCUUUGUAAGCCAGUUGUGUGAAAAGAAAAAUACAACUAGUUGUGACAAGGCAUAAAGAACUUAACAAAAUUACAUGAACUUAAUCUCCUACGUAUUUUACAUUUAAAGGGUUUUACAAUAAAGUUAAUUUAUUUUUCCUGUUUCA